AUGGGUCCGACCGCCGAUGGCCGACCGAUGAACAAGACGGGACUCUGUAAUGUCCCCGCGCUAGCAGUCCACGGCAACGAGCAUUAUCCACAGACUACACCACCACCAGCACUGCUGAAGCAUGUCGAGCAGGAGAAUCGUCUGUGGGGUGUGGACAUGGUCGCCUGA